AUGCUCUCCCGCACUAUCUUCGUCGCCAUCAUUGGCGCUGUGGCCACCGUCAGCGCCCAGAACACCGGCUCCUGCAACACCGGCACCUUGCAAUGCUGCAACCAGGUCGAUGAUUCCAAGAACCUCAGCGCCAGACUGACCGGUCUUCUCGAUAUUCUGGGCAUCGAUGCCAAUAACCUGAGCGGCCUUGUUGGCGCGAACUAUGCAGGCGUCGCGGUCAUCGGCCAGCAGUCUUGCUCUGCCCAGCCUGUUUGCUGCACUAACAACAACUUUAAUGGUCUUGUUGCGCUUGGUUGCACUCCCAUCGAUAUUCUGUAG